AGCUUAAUGUUCCCUCCCCACUGAUGAGCUGCAGCUACCAGACAGGGGCAAUUUUCAAAUUUCAACGUCAUAUUGGACUCGACUGCUAUUGGAGGCUCUGCCUCAAUUCAUACUUGUACUUAUACACAAUCCACCAUAGCCUCAUCAUCAUCACAAUCAUCAUGUCCUCAAGAUUCAGUGCCGCACGCCCAAAGCGCGCCGGCGAGAAUUACGCGCGAAUGCAUCAUGCCGAGCCCAACUCGAAGAAAGUCAAGUUCGACAUGCGGAACCCGUCCGCGCUCGCCCCCGACGUAGAAGACGAAGACGAUGAGGCAGACAAUUACCUGGAAGUCGACGCAGAAAUCAUUCGCGGGAGCGCUGCGACUAAGCGCGGAGCUGUCAACAUCGAUGGGUAUGACUCGGAUUCUGACCAGGAAGAGCUUGGCACUUUACACGCGUCGAAAUCCAAGCCGAAGAAAGAUGACGAGGAUAUGGAUGACAUGUUCGCAGCCGAAGAGGAUGGCGACGACAAAGACGAUACUGUGGACAACUCGACGGGAAAGAAGAGCAAGGAAGUCAAUUUUAUAGACACCGAGAAGAUCGAAGGCCAGGAAGCAGAAUCGAAAUCUGGUGGACACGUGCGCCUAGACGGGGAAUCAUCCGACGAUGACGACGAAGAGGUAAUAGAGCUCGCGAUACAAGAAGAAGGUCUCGACGAGGAAAUCGGUGCCGGCGGGCUCAAGAAACACGCUCCCAAAGUCGAGGCUUUCAACCUAAAAGCCGAAAAUGAAGAAGGGCGCUUCGACGAGGCUGGGAACUUCGUGCGCAAGGCUGUGGACCCCGAUGCCGUGCACGACCGAUGGCUCGAAGGCGUCAGCAAGAAGGACAUGAAAAAAGCCGCCGAAGCCCACGAAAAGCGCGAAGCCGAGCAGCGACAAAAGCGCAAGGAAGAGGACAGCGCAUUGACGUCAGAUCUUCUCAAGUCCCUAAUCCUACAUCUAGAGCGCGGAGAGACCCCAAUAGAAGCACUCGCCAGGUUAGGCCGGGGCCAAACAAAAACCAAAAAAGUCCCCAAGUGGAAGCAGAAGAAACAGAAGCCGGACGCCAUGGAGAUGGACGCCAAGAAGGCGCCGGAAGACCCCGAGCAGACCCGCAUCAAGGACGCUAUCAACACGAUCACCGAAGCGUCAGACAGGUUGCUCGGGAGAGACCGGCCGGACAUCUACGACCGGGAGCGAGAACGCCUUAUCCGCGAAUACACGCGCGAAGCAGACGAGCCCUGGGUAGAGCCGCAAAAGGAGUCGAAAGCAGCGCCCAUAACCAGGAUGUGGGAGUUCCGCUGGAUCGACGGCAGAGACGACGCCGAUAAACAGGGCCCCUUCGACGGGCCCACGAUGAAAGCCUGGCAGGACGCGGGUUACUUCGGAGAAGGCGUUGAGUUCAGGGAGGCCGGCGAGGAGGGCUGGACUCGCCUGGCUGACUUUGCAUGAUUAUGAGGUCGUGUAGACCGCAAAACGAAGGGAAUGAUACCACGGCGUUCUUAGUAACGAUUUCAGCACGAUGUAUGAUUAGCUAUUUGGAAAAGCAAACGAACUUCCCUCGAAGUAAUAAUUUAUUAUUACCUCUUUGAAUCGGAUACUACUACUAUAUUUCACAGUGUCGGAUAAGGAUACGAUGCUAAUCUAAGCCAAGAACUGAUAAUACUGCACCAUCCAAGUGAGCGAAGUUCAUCGCGAGGCUACCACCUAGGUACAUUACAUUUCUCUUCAAAUUUAGAUCAUCAUCACAGAGCCAUCGUAAUGAAAUAUUAAAUAUCAAAGCUUCUUCUUUCUGGGA